CGGACCUCGCCGGAAUCUCACGUCUCCACUCCGCGUUAUUUCCUCGAUUAGUGUGGCGGAAAUUUGUGGCAGCAACACGGGAUUAUAUUUCUCAACUGAGCACUUCAAAGCAAAACCCGAUCCGCUGCUAUUACGUAACAGCCGGUGACAUAACUCCCUCCAGCCCCGGGACGGUCAGGGCGCACGGAGAGCGCACGGAGGGUCGCUCCAGCUGCACUCUCCGCGCUGCUGCCGCCGCCACGGAGGGGAACCGUCUUUAUUCCAAAACAAGAGGAGGCGUUGAAUAACCGGCGGAGAGGAGAAGGAUGGAGCUCGCGCAGAAGUGAGGAGAAAGCGGGACGGAGCGGAGAUGGCCGUGCAUGUUUUCAAAUGCCUGCGCCGGCCCGGGCGUUAAGGCGGCCAACAGCGAGGUGAAGCGAGAAAGUGUGCAGGAGAGUUAUGGAAUAUGAGGAGCCCGACGCCCCCUCCGCUGACGCCCCCAUCAGGAGAGGAGGCUCCGUGUCCAAGAAGCCCAAUUUGACCCAGAUUGAAGUUAUCCCCUGUAAGAUCUGCGGUGAUAAGUCCUCUGGAGUCCACUAUGGAGUCAUCACCUGUGAGGGCUGCAAGGGAUUUUUCCGUCGCAGCCAGCUGCCAACGGUCUCCUACUCCUGCUCCAGGCAAAGCAACUGUCAGAUCGACCGAGCGAGUCGCAACCGCUGCCAACACUGUCGCCUGCAGAAGUGUCUGGCUCAGGGCAUGAGCAGAGAUGCGGUGAAGUUCGGUCGGAUGUCUAAACGUCAGCGGGACUCUCUGAUCGCUGAGGUGGAGCGACACCGACAGCAGCAGCAGCAGCAGCAGCAGCAGCUGCAGGGAGACGUCCAGUCGGUGUUGUCUUUCCCCACCAAGAACCGGCAGGACCGCUCCCCCCAGCUGCUCCAGCCCAUGCCCUCGGCCUACCCCUACGCCGGAGACGCCGAGCUGCUGCCGUACACCACAGAGGUCCAUCCCUACCUGGUCUGCUCCCCCACCGACUCACAGGUGUCUGGGAUGAUCUACCGGAGCUCCGGUGUCUCUCCAACUUCCAGAUCCCAGAGCAGGGGGGACAACGGUGGACAUCCUGAUAUCAGAGGAUUCGACUCCAGGCAGCCGACUCACGAUCUGAUGGCGAUUCAUCCCUACAACCCUCUGGAGGAUCCUUACAGCCUCUAUCCUCACUCUCUGCGAAACAUAGACGAGCUGUGUGCCAACAUCGUACGCUCCCACAGAGAAACCAGCCAGUACCGGGUGGAGGAGCUUCAUGCUCUCAGAUGGAAACUGUUUAACCGAGAGGAGAUCCAGGCCUACCAGAGCAAAUCGGUGGAUGAGAUGUGGCAGCACUGUGCCAUCCGACUGACCGAAGCCGUCCAGUAUGUGGUGGAGUUUGCGAAACACAUCCCAGGUUUCCGGAUGCUGAGCCAGAACGACCAGAUCGCCCUCCUAAAGACCGGCUCCAUGGAGGUAGUUCUUGUCCGGAUGAGUCGCUUCUUCAACACGGAGAACAACACUGUGUUCUUCGAUGGGAAAUUUGCUGGAACUGAAGUCUUCAAGUCUUUGGCGUGUGGAGAUUUAAUCACGGCGGUGUUCGACUUCGCUCAUGGAAUGUGUGCUCUGAAGCUGACUGAGCAGCAGAUCGCUCUGUUCAGCGCUCUGGUGCUGAUUAAUGCAGACCGUCCAUGUCUGGAGGACAAAGGCAGAGUUCAACGAGUGCAGAGAAGCGUUGAGUUUGGACUCACACAUAUUCUACACCGAGACAACCAGGAGAGUCUGAUGCACAAGCUCUACCAGAGGGUGGCGGUGUUGCGUUCGCUGUGCAGCCUCCACAUGGAGAAGCUGCGCUGGUUCAGCCAGAGAUACCCGCUGACCGCCCACUCCCUGUUCCCUCCGCUCUACAAGGAGCUGUUCGCAUCCGAGGCCGAGCUGCUGCCGGGGACCAAUCACUGAUCAAUCGCCGAUCAAUCACACAUGCGUAGAUAUUUUACUUCCUGACAGAAUUUAUUUUUCUAAUAAUGAAAUUGAGCUCAGUUAAUCAUAGCGUGUUAAACAUUACGUGACGUCCAGCAGAGAUUCUUCUUCUUCUUUUUUUUUUGGUAGAUCAUGUCAAAGAUAAAUCUGAAUGUUUUGAUAGUCUAAAAUGAUUUGUGAUUAUUCCAGACAUUUUGACGGAGAGUUUUCAGUGAAGCGCAGGAUUCUUUCUUCUCUCUCAGGAUGUGCUGUUGUGAUUCUGUCCGGUUGUACUUACUGUGUGUCAGAUAUACAGAGUCAAAGAGGCAGAACUCAGAAUCCCAUCGAAUUAAAAUGGGACUUUAAAAGGUUUGGAGCUUAACUCUUUAUAGAUGUCAGUUUAAGUUCACAUUUGAGUCCAACAGAACAAAUGGAGAACUGCAGUACAAGACGUAAAGUCAUAUUCAAACCGGUUAGAACACAAAGAAAGACAAUAACAGCUAAUGUGCAAGAAGAACCAGAGACACUCACAGUAUCGACUAUAGUUCAGCCCUAAACUAUUCACAGCCAUACUGCAUUUGAUUUAAAGUAAUUUUUCUGGCUGUAAAUGACAUAAAAGAUGACAAAGACUGUAAGACAUUGUGUUAGAGAUGUAAAUGAAUCAGCAUCAAAGUCUUUAUUUUCCUCCACAUCAGUAGUUCCAGUGUCUAACAGUGUUUCUGCAGGUCUCCACUGGGAUUUAGUUCCUCCAAGUGUCCAUCUCCAGCUCAUUGAAGGCUUCCUCUCCAUCACUCUGCUCUUCACUUCCUCCACACAUUCUGGAUGGAUUCAGGUCUGGACUCUGGCUGGUCCGCUCCAUCAUCUUCUCGUUCUUUUCUUUUCAUUUCUUCACCAUAUUAUCUCCAUGUUUCACAUCAUUGUCUUGUUGGAAGCUCCAAUGCUGCCCAAGGAGCAGUUUUUCUGCAGACUGUCUGAUGUUCUCCUCCACAAUCUCCAUGUUUCCUCUUUUCCCAUGAUGCCGUUUCCUUCAGACAUGACUUGUAAUUGAGCAGUAAGUGAGUAGAGAAGUGCUGCAGGUCCAGCUGAGCUUUAGUGUGUCUGUCUUGGAGAAGUGGAGUCCUCCUUGGUCUGAUCCAUGGAGACCAGCCUUGUUGUUGGUCUGCUGGAGUGUCUGAUGGACAUGUUGCUACCAGAAGUGCUCACAUUCAUCAGGAUGCUCUUGGUGCUGAUCCUUGGAUUCUUCUUGUCCUCUACCAUUCUUCCAGUGCAGGGCUCACGUCUGUCUUCCUAGCAGCUCUUUGACAUGUUUCAGUGUGGAGCUCCUUGGACUUUUUCAUCAAGCUUCAAACUGUGGACACUGGACCAUGAAAACACUCUGAUAUGACUUUAUAGACUUUGAACAUCUCGUGAGCAGCAACAAUAUGAAACUGAAGGUUCCUCACUGAGCUCUUUGGUUUCAGUCAUGACUUGGAAGUUUGUAGUGCAAUAGAACGCUUUAGAACAUGGUAGGAAUGACCAGAAACAUUUGAAAUGUGUCAAGGAGUAUGGCUGUUUCUAGACAUUUCUCUCACUGGCACUAGAUGUUUCCACGUAUCCUGAUGACAUAGUUCUAUACAUUGAUAAAAAAAAAAAUUUUCUUUUGCUCUCUCGUUCUUCACAUGUUUUGGAGACAUUUACAGAAUUUAUGCAUUUUUCCAGCAUAAAAGUCACCCCUGCACAGCUCUUGAACAUUUGAAAUGACAUAGAAGCUGCAUUUUGUCAUGAAUUUGCAUCAAUUUCAUGGAGUAUAAAUCAUUUUGACCAUGUAUCUUUUGGUAUGGACCUUGGAUAUGACUUUAUAGCCUUUAAACGUCUUGUGAGCAGCAGCAAUGUGAAACUGGAGGUCCUCAAUGAGCUCUUUGGUUUAAACCAUGACUAGUUCCUGGAGAAGUGACCACUGCAUCAGCUGUUCUGACUUUAUCGUGUAAUAGAACAGCAUAGAACAUGGUAGAAAAUAGCAGGGGCCUCUGGAGUCGUAUAGAAGCUGCAUUUUCUUUAAAAAAUUGUCAAGGAAUAUGAAUAAUUUUGGACAUUAAAUUUUGAGUAAACAUGUCAAAUAAACCAUAGAAAUAGUUAGAAUUUAUCUUCAACACCUCUAACAGAAUGUCUUAUUGUCUUUGGCCACUUGUUUAUGCCAGAUAAACCACUUUAGAAGCAAAUGUAACGGAAAAAUAGGAAUAUCAAGCAAUAAAACCAGCACUUCUGCUGAUUAAUACAGGCAAAGCGUCAAAAGUUUUGUCUUCUAGCAAACUAUCUCAGCAGCCUCAGUAAACCUGCUGUCCACUAAACUCUGAAUGUAUCAGGUACUUUAUGCUAAAAACACCCAUUUAAAUGUGAAACAAUGCUUCUUUGUCUCUGUAUGUCUUUAGUGUUUCUCCUCAGGCCGACCAAUAAAUCCUACAGCAAAAUGUUUUCCUUUUGUUCAAAGAAAUCCUCACAGACUUUUGUAUCUUUUCAGCUCUUCUCCUUGAGAAAGACGUUGCAUUAAAUGUAGAAAUGAUAUGCAGUUAAAAUGUGGAAAAACGGUAGAAAUCUUUUCCUCUGUGUGCUGACUUUUCCUUAUUUUGUUUUUUCCAGAUUAUCUUGUUUUGUCCUUCUCCACGUAUCUUUGAAUAAAGCCAUGAACAAAGAAGGUUUCAGCAUUAAAUACUGUAUGUAGAGUCCUCUCUGUUCCUGGAACAGCUGCGAUUUUGACGAAGAUUAAUCCAUGUAAACCUUCGAAUAAACUGCUGGAGGAUGUGACACCAAG